UGUUUCUGUAUUGUUUCUGUCGACAGCUGUGGAUUUAGUCACGAAAUAGCGCAGAACAGCGAUUAAAGACCCCCCUUCUAAUCAGCAAGUUAGUGCGCCGUCAUAUGCGUUGGAAGACAGAAACAGAAGGCUCUACCGAGACUUGUCCAGCCACCGGAGUGUUAUUAUUCCCACGGAUGCUCGCGGGGAGAAACGACAGUUUCACAACAACAACAAGGAACCGACGUGUUUUCGGGACUCAAACGUCUUGUCGAAGAUGACAGAUAAUCUGGACUAACGUCUUCAGAUGAACAGAUUAUUCACAGGGUUGACAUUUUUUGACCAUGCAUCCGUAUGAUGUUUUAGGCUGACGGUGUUCUGCCGAUUUCUGCUGCUUCCACUGUGCGACUGUGCGCAUGCGCAGAACCAGAAAGUAGCUAUUUCCCGACGGGGAGCGAGAGUCGGCAGAACACCGGCUGCAUCAUGUAGACAGGCCGUCCGCUCGGCUGGACAGGGCAGGAAAAGUGUGUUACUGAGCCUCCGUGGGAUGUAUGCAAGGCUGGGUGUCAGCUGGAUGUCAGACCGAUGCAGUUUAGCCCAGGAUCGGUGCUAGAUUCCCCUCAAUGCCGUUUGAUCCGAGUCAAUUCCCAAACAUCCCACCUUGGAGGGGGGACGUGAACGCACCAUGUCCUGGCUGCAUCUCUUAUUUAUUCCAUAAGGUGCAUCAUGAAAUAAUCCUGCAGGGAGAGAAACGACAUUAGGACUGAGGGGAUUGUUUCUGUGUGAAGAGGAGCCACACCGAGGCGUCUCCAGCAGGGACCAGGGACCGACCAGGGACCGACCAGGACCCGGCCGGACCGUCGCCCCCGGCGGCCACAGCCAUGGAAGCCGUGGGGGAUUUUGAGUACAGCAGGAAAGACCUGGUCGGACAUGGAGCUUUUGCUGUGGUGUUCAGAGGAAGACACAGGAAGAAAACCGACUGGGAAGUGGCCAUUAAGAGCAUUAAUAAGAAGAACCUGUCCAAGUCCCAAAUCCUCCUUGGCAAGGAAAUCAAAAUCCUUAAGGAACUGCAGCAUGAAAACAUUGUGGCUCUUUAUGAUGUGCAGGAAACUCCCAACUCUGUGUUCCUGGUCAUGGAGUACUGCAACGGAGGUGAUCUGGCUGACUAUCUGCAAGCUAAAGGGACGCUGAGGGAGGAGACGCUGAGGGUUUUCCUGCAGCAGAUUGCUGCUGCCAUGAGAAUCCUCCACAGCAAGGGAAUCAUCCACCGAGACCUGAAGCCCCAGAACAUCCUGCUGUCCUACGUGGGCCGCAAGAAAUCCAGCAUCAGCGGCAUCCGCAUCAAAAUAGCUGACUUUGGCUUUGCACGUUACCUCCAGAGCAACAUGAUGGCAGCCACGCUGUGUGGGUCUCCCAUGUACAUGGCCCCGGAGGUGAUCAUGUCCCAGAACUACGACGCCAGGGCCGACCUGUGGAGCAUCGGGACGGUCAUCUACCAGUGUCUGGUCGGCAAGCCUCCCUUCCAGGCCAACAGUCCGCAGGAUUUAAGGAUGUUUUACGAAAAGAACAAGAAUUUACAGCCGAUAAUCCCGAGGGAGACGUCCCCCCAGCUCGGUAACCUCCUGAUGGGGCUGCUGCAGAGAAACCAGAGAGACAGGAUGGACUUUGACACGUUCUUCACUCAUCCUUUCCUGGAGCCGUCAUCCAACAUCAAAAAAUCGUGUCCCGUGCCGGUGCCCAGCGCCUCCAUCGUGGUGACGGACAGCUCCUGCUCCCCCUGCAUCCGCUACAACUCUCCUCCCUCUCUCCCAGACAUGCAGACUCUGACGGAGGACGGCCUGUCGUCCCCUCCGCUCGGCCCGCCCAACUUCCUCCAGCUGUCCAAGGACUCUGCAGGAAGCACGAGCAGCAAGAACUCGUCCUGCGACACCGACGACUUCGUCCUGGUUCCGCACAUCUCUACGGACAGCUACGACCAACCGGCGGGAGGAGGUCGUCGGCCUUCCAAUGAGUUUCCAAUGUGUGGAGGGCAGCCCCAGCUCAGCCAGGGACAGGCCCCCAUGGUGUCUCCACGUGCCGAGACCACCCCCAUCCCCGUCCCCACCCAGGUCCGCAACUACCAGCGCAUCAAGCAGAACCUCUCCAGCAGCCCGGCCAGCACGCUCUACUGCUCCCCCAGGUCUGGAACGGUGCGGCGCUCCAACACCAGUCCCAUGGGGUUUCCCAAAGUGGGCUCGGGGUCCCCCAGCUCUGCAGACGUCCCUCAGACGGUGGGCCGGCGUCUCUCCAUCGGCAGCUCUCGGCCGUACUCCCCCUCACCUCUCGUGGGGACGAUCCCGGAACAGCUGGGCCAGUGCUGCUGUCACCUGCAGAGCCAGGAGCCCCGCAGCCGCAGCUCCUCCGGGGGCCACUUCACAGGUUCCCCCGUCCCGUCCUCUCAGCUCCUGGGGGCACGGCUGCAGAGUUCCCCCACCCUGACCGAGGUCUACCAGACCAGACAAAAGCUGCACAAGCAGCUGUCGGACCCCGUGCAGCCCUCGUCCUCCUCCUGCAGUCACUCCCCUCAGCUCGGCCGUCCAGCCAACCUGGGCUCCUCCCCCACCAAGCUGCUGGGCUCCUCCCCCACCAAGCUGCUGGGCUCCUCCCCCACCAAGCUGCUGGGCUCCUCCCCUCGCACGUCGGACUGGCUGCAGAAAUCCCCCCUGCCCACCAUCAUCGGCUCCCCUACCAAGCCCAUGUCCGCGCCCUUCAAGAUCCCUAAAACCCAGGCCUCCUGUAACCUGAUGGCCCUGGCGGAUACGCGGGACACGUGCGCCCACCACAGCAGCCCGUACCUGGUGGGACGGGCCACCACGCCAGAACCCAGCAGAACAUUCGGCAGGUCUGUGAGUGCAGGGCGUCUGUCUGACCAUCCAAUCAGGAUCACUCUGGGGGGACAGGCCUAUCAGGGCAGCACCGACAGCCUGAACACGGAACGACCAAUGGACACAGCCCCCAGUGUGCUGGCUCUGGGAGGAUCAGCGAGUCCACGGGCCGUUGUCUUCACUGUGGGUUCCCCGCCGGGCAGCAGCACCCCCCCCACCUGCAGCCACCUGGGGACCCGACCACGCACCACCUCCGUGGGCUCCAACAGCUCGGCCGGCUCCCUGUGCUCCACCAGCGGCCGGGUCUACGUGGGCUCUCCUCCAGGCAUGGCCAUAGGAUCCUCUCCCCCAGGGAGCUUUGGGGGGGGGCAGCUGGUCCCCGGGGCCGAGGGGGCCCCCAGCAGCCUGCGCUACAUCCCCUAUGGAACCUCUCCUCCCAGUCUGGAGGGCUUCAUCACCUUCGAGGCCCCAGAGCUUCCUGAGGAGACCCUGAUGGAGCGCGAGCACACAGACACGCUGAUGCACCUCCGGAUGAUGCUGUCGUUCACCGACUGCGUGCUGGAGAUGGCAGCUCUCCGGGCCCGGGUGGCAGAGCUGGGGGUGUCGGCCGCCGCCCUGUACCCCCCCCAGGACAGCGUGGUGGUGGACCAGAUCAGCCAGCUCAGCAAAGAGUGGGGGCAGGUGGAGCAGCUGGUGCUCUACAUGAAGGCAGCUCAGCUCCUGGCCUCCUCCCUCCACCUGGCCAAGGCUCAGAUCAAAGCUACCAAACUCAACCCCUCGGCUGCCGUCAAACAGGUGGUGAAGAAUCUGAACGAUCGUUACAAAAGCUGCAUCUCUCUGUGUCGCCGGCUCACCGACAAGCUCAACCACUUCUUCUCUGAUAAGCAGCGCUUUGUGGACGAGAUCAACAGUGUCACGGCGGAGAAGCUCAUCUACAACUACGCUGUGGAGAUGGUGCAGUCAGCAGCGUUGGAUGAGAUGUUCAAGCAGACGGAGGACAUAGCGUACCGCUACAGUAAGGCCUCCAUGCUGUUGGACGGCCUGUCGAAAAUCCUGCAAGACCCCACUGACAUUGAGAACGUGGUCAAAUAUAAGGCCAGCGUGGACCGCAGGAUCUCAGCUCUGUGUUACUGUACCGUCACACUGUAUGAGUAGACGGCCCUGAGCACCUGAACGCACCACCCCGGGGCGCUGAGCACCCGAACCCACCACACGGGGGCCCUGAGCACCCGAACGCACCACACGGUGGCCCUGAGCACCCGAACGCACCACACGGGGGCCCGUCUCCUCAGACUGCAGACCAGCGUUCUCACCAAGCCCUUUCCUUCCUGUAGCAGUUCAAGCACUUUUCAUUUUCAGGUUUCAUCCGUGUUCCUCAUCACUUCCACUGGCUGCAUUGUGAACUGAACUGAACUGUGACGAUGCACAAACCUACAACCAAAGAUGUUCUUGAGAUGGAACGCUGAAAACUGGACGGGGGCUUCAAAGUUUGCACUUUAAUGUGCACUAAUGUCUGUUCUGAUGGAUCAUCGUCAGAUCAGCGUUUAUUCUGGGCGUCGCUGGUUUUUAUCAGAAGAAACGGAGGAGUCAAAGGACUGAAACAGUGAAGUGGACUUCAAAAAGUCUUGAACUCUGUAUGAAGAAGCUUAUCUUUUUUUUAUUUUCUUCAGUGGUUAUUUACUCUGUGUUUAAUUUGUCAUUGUGCUUUAUUUAUUGGUUUAAAUGAACGUGGAAUCUCCUGCCUGUGAUUAAAAAAAACCUCAACAAUUGAAAUGGAUGGAAAAGAAAGAAAACAAAUGGACGAAAGGCUUGUAGCCACUGAGUGUCCCGCUGGAGCUCAGAGACACGCUGAACCCGGACACGCUGAACCCCGACACGCUGAACCCCAGCCCCCGUUACACAAACUGAGUCCUGGAUAGUUGUCAUUUCUUCGUUUUUUAUUUUUCUUGCGUUUUUAUCUCAAGCACUUUAUAGUAGAAGGAUUAGCGGACGUUGACGACAUCCAGCAGAAACGUGAAGGGGGUUGUUGUCCCAGCGCUCCCCGUCCCUCCUGCUCCGUGUGCAGGAUCAACAAGUCUCUCCACGUGGACAUUCACCUCUAAGUGACGUGGACAGAGAUGCUCUGGAGCCGUUUGAAGGACCACACACUUCUCACAAUACUCCCAGUGUUGAGCAGAAGACGACAAAUGUGCUGGAACCUUUCUCCACUUUUGAAUCCCUCGGCAGUUGAAAUGUCACCUUUUUGACGUGGUGACUUUAGAUCAUGCAGACGGGGACGUGUUGAUCAUGUUUGUGCACAGUGAGGGGGUUUGGGGUGCCGGUGUUUCUGGCUGCAGCAGGACGAGUGGCAGCAGGUCUUUCUGUCACUGCAACAACCUGAUGAAGUGAAACUGACUGGUUAAACUACUUGACAGGUUACCAUAAUAAUAUGCUUCGUUUUACUAAAAAAAAAACUACAGCUUUUUAUCUUAUCUGUCAGAAUUUGUAGCUAUAUGUUUUAAACAAAACAAAACAAAACAAAAAAACAACUUGAUGUUUGCAAGCGUGUAUAUAUUUGAAUGUGGUGCAUGUGAUUUGGUUUCUCCCCCCUUUUUGCAGGCGGGGGUGUGUGUGUCAGAGUGUGCGUGCGUGCGUGCGAGAGCGUGCGUGCGUGCGUGCGAGAGCGUGCGUGCGUGCGAGAGCGUGCGUGCAAGAGCGUGCGUGCGUGCGUGCGAGAGCGUGUGCAUGCGUGCGAGAGCGUGUGCGUGCGAGAGCGUGCGAGAGCGUGCGAGAGCGUGCGAGAGCGUGCGAGAGCGUGCGUGAGAUCCGUUUUAGGGGCACCGACAUUUUCAUCCGAUGCCCUGCCUGUCAAAGAGCACAAAUCUUUGUACGUAGAUAGAUGAGUUUGUGUUGAUUUUCUUCAAGUCUGCCAAGGGUUUGAUACAGAAAACCAGUUCUGGCACCAGAGGAGUGUGCCAAAGAUGACCAGAAAACUCACGGCAGCUCCUAAACUUUCCAGAGAACUCUUCCUGCCAGGACCCUUGCUGGUCAUCACCCGUCAGCACACACUUCAAGACCAGAAAUCCACAUUUCUUUUUCCACUCUCGACCCUUGUUUUGAGUCGUACUGCCCCCUAGUGGCCAGCAGGAGUCUGAGGCCCCGGCAGAGUUUGUACUGUACGUCUGCAUCGCCAGCUGUGCAUUAAGGUCAGCUGUGUGUGAGGAGCGAUGGAAAAGGAGGUGCCUUCUUCUGGUGAAAGCAGACACAGGCCUGCUCCUCUGUACAGGUGUGAAUAUGUUCUGUUUCUCUGUAUAAACACAUUCACAGGUUGGUCUUUAGGCCUAUUCCUACCAUGUACUGUUGUUCUUUUUCUAAACAUAUCUGGGUUUCAGUUUCCCCUGGUCUCUGCCGUGAGCACUCAGAACCACACGAAGCCUUUUGUUGCUCACGCAGACGGACUGACCAAGCUGAACAUGCAGCCCACCUGAAAACUUUGCUCCGUCUCCUUUUGGACUGGAACAGAAUAUUGACUUUUUUUGGACAAAGCAUGGGUACCAAGUCCGCAUUUGACCCCGUAGAUCCUUUAGUACGUUGAAUGUAUGUACCCUGUUGUUUUUGCACCUCCAGCAGAAUGCAUCCUGAUCUGAAUGCAUUCUGAAGAACCCCCGACCUUGAUGAAAUGUUUUCCAAGCACCGAUUUUUUUUUUUCAAGGAGAAAUGUUAAUGUCAUACUUGUGUCUCUCACCGAGGGACGUCUCUGUUCUUUAUGGAACUCCAAUACGGUCUUUAUUAUUAAAAAGAGGGAAAAACUAA